ACUCCCCAGAACACGCCUGCCUCGAAUGCCCCCAUCUCGUCUCAUGCUCAACAGCCAGGUGUGGCCAGUAUCAAGGAAGAGGAUCUCAACCAUGCUACCGCCGCUUCCAUCUUUGCUCAGAAUCCUAAGCUCGUCCAGAUGAUCCAGGGCCGCCUUGGAUCCCUCGUCGGUCGCUCUUCGGGCUACAUCGAGUCCCUACCUCCCAAGGUCCGCCGUCGUGUUGCCGGCCUCAAGGGCAUCCAGCAAGAGCAUUCCAAGCUCGAGGCGGAGUUCCAGGAGGAGGUCCUACAGCUGGAGAAGAAGUAUUUUGCCAAGUUCACUCCCUUGUACGAGAAGCGUACCAGCAUCGUCAACGGCCGCGCUGAGCCUACCGAAGACGAAGUCAAAGCCGGAGAGGAGGACGAGGAGAAGGAAGAAGAGGGCGAUAAGGCCGAGGCCUCGGAGAAGCCUGCCGUCGAGUCGCAGGUGCCUGAAAACGUCGCCGGUAUUCCCGAAUUCUGGCUGUCGGCCAUGAAGAACCAGAUUUCGCUCGCCGAGAUGGUCACGGACCGCGAUGAGGGUGCCCUCAAGCACCUUACCGACGUGCGCAUGGAAUACCUGGAGAAGCCUGGUUUCCGCCUCAUCUUUGAAUUCUCCGACAACCCCUACUUCACCAACAAGACCAUCACCAAGACGUACUACUACCAGAAUGAGAGCGGCUACGGUGGCGACUUCAUCUACGACCAUGCCGAGGGUGACAAGAUCAACUGGAAGGAAGGCCAGGACCUCACCGUCCGGGUAGAAAGCAAGAAGCAGAGGAACAAGACCACGAAGCAGACCCGUAUCGUCACUAAGACUGUCCCCACCGAGUCCUUCUUCAACUUCUUCUCCCCGCCAGCUGCGCCCACCGACGACGAUGACGAUGCUGCUUCGGAUAUCGAGGAGCGCUUGGAGCUCGACUACCAACUUGGCGAGGACAUCAAGGAGAAGCUUAUCCCUCGCGCCAUCGACUGGUUCACCGGAGAAGCCUUGGCUUUCGAGGAGCUGGACGACGACGAGCUGGAGGGCGAGUACGACGACGAGGAUGAUGAGGAUGACCUCAGCGAGGAUCGUUACGACGAUGAAGAGUCGGACGACGACGUAUGCAAUUCUUCCCACAGAUCUCGCUGA